ACUUCCCCUCACUUUCCCGCCCUCAUCAUCUUGACUGGCUAUAUCCUUCCCCCUCACAUCCUUGACACCCCCUCGGACGCCCUUCAACAUUCGAUACAUGGCCGCAACAUCAAGCAAGGGACCUGUCAUCGUUAUCACUGGCACUCCAGGGACCGGCAAAACUACAACAUCCCAGCUCCUCGCGCAAGAAUCCCCCGUACCGCUCAAGCACAUCAAUGUCGGGGACUUUGUGAAGGAGAACAACUUGUAUGAGGAGUACGAUGAGGAGUGGCAGAGUUACCUGCCGGACGAGGAUCGGUUACUGGACGCGCUCGAACCCAUCGUCGCAGAGGGCGGGGUCAUUCUUGACUGGCAUUCCUGCGAAGCGUAUCCAGAGCGAUGGGCAGACCUCGUAGUCGUCCUCACUUGCGACCACUCCAAGCUUUGGGAACGGUUGGAAAAGCGAAAUUACCCCCUCAAGAAGAUUCAAGAGAACAAUGAGGCCGAAAUCAUGCAGACCGUGCUCCAAGAAGCGCGCGACUCAUACCCGCCAGAGAUCGUCGUCGAGCUGCAGAGCGAGACCACGGAUGACAUGGAGUCGAACGUCUCGCGCAUCAUCCAGUGGAUAGAGGCGUGGCAGAGCAAUAAGGCGCAGGCGACAUAGCAUUAGUCGAUGGGUAGUAGUACAGGUAAUGGGACAGGAUUAUACGCGCAAGG